AUGUCUCCGUUCGGCGAUAUAAGCUGGCUGACAAACGCCACCCAGAACAAACAAAUCCGACGUUCGACGGACAAGGUAAUUCUGGUGAUCCUCGUGUGGGUAUACUUCCUCCAGAUCAUCGACAAGAGUGUACUGGGCUAUGGCGCCACUUUCGGUCUCAAAGAGGAUACUGGUCUCGUCGGCCAACAGUACUCGCUGGUGGGCUCCAUCGCUGCCAUGGCACAGCUAGGAUGGCAGCCUUUCAGUUCGUACCUGAUUGUGAAAGUACCUCAUCGCAUUCUCAUGCCAUGUCUCGUGCUCGGGUGGGGCAUCGCGCAGACUUGUAUGGCUGCCUGUCACAACUACGGCGGACUCCUCGCAGCAAGAUUCUUUCUGGGUCUCUUCGAAGCUGGCUGCCUGCCCUUGUUCUCUAUCAUCACCAGUCAAUGGUACCGCAGAGCUGAGCAACCCAUGCGUGUGGCGGCAUGGUACUCCACGAAUGGCAUCGCGGGUAUGGCAGCGAGUCUGCUAUCUUUUGGCCUGGGCCACGUCAAGUCUCCUUUGAUCGAGUCGUGGCAGCUCAUCUUCUUGUUCGUAGGCUUGAUCACGGUGGUUUCCGCGCCAUUCGUGUACUGGAAACUCGAUAACGACAUACCCUCAGCUCGCUUCCUCUCAGAGGAACAGAAGCCAAAGGCGGUAGAGAGACUCCGAGCGAAUCAGUCUGGCACUGGCUCCAGCGAGUUCAAGAUGAAGCAUGUCUGGGAGAUGCUUUUUGAGCCGAAAACGUACUUGUGGAUCGGAAUGUCCUUACUUCUCAACUGCGGUGCCAGUGUUACCAACAUCUUUGGACCACUCAUCAUCUCUGGUCUCGGUUUCGACAAGUACCGGACAGCACUAUUGAGCGUACCCUUCGGCGCAAUGCAGUUCCUCGUCAUUAUCUUCGCUUCCUGGGCGGCGCAACGAUUCAAGAACAAGUCUGUCAUCCUGACUUGCCUCACUCUGCCAGUCAUUGCUGGCCUCGCUAUGCUCUACACGAUCAAGCACACGGAUGGCAAUCAAGGCGCACUGCUAGCGGGCUACUACUUGUUGGCUUUUCUCUUUGGCGGCAACCCGCUCAUCGUCUCUUGGAUUGUUGGCAACACCGCAGGAACCACGAAGAAGAGUGUUCUCAUGUCAGUCUACAACGCAGCCUCCUCUGCCGGCAACAUCAUCGGGCCUUUGCUAUUCAACAGUAAUGAUGCGCCGGAAUACAAGCCUGGUGUCCGAGCCGUGCUAGGCCUAUUCGUGGCUCUCGCAGCGGUGAUCAUCAUUCAAGUGUUCAACCUCAUGUUCUUGAACAAGCUACAAUCGCGGAAGAGAGUCAAGAACGGUAAGCCAGCUCAGAUCACCGACUGGAGCAUGAAGGACGAAUACCACAAUGCAGACGAGAAACUCGACACGGAAACGUCUGCUGGACAGGCGAGGCUUGGUGACCACGCCUUUGAAGACCUGACAGACAGGCAGAAUGACGAGGUGAGUUCCGAGCCCAUAUCUUGA